AUGGCCGGCAUCUUCGAGCAGUCACGUGGCGGAGGAACUCUGUUCCUCGGCGGAAACAAAAUCAGCGGCCAGGAUAUUCGCGACCAAAACGUGCUCGCGACACAGGCAAUCUCUAAUGUUGUGAAGACGUCGUUCGGGCCUUCAGGUCUCGAUAAAAUGAUGGUCGACGAUAUUGGCGACGUUACAGUCACGAACGACGGCGCGACGAUCCUCAGCUUGCUCGACAUUGAGCACCCCGCAGGAAAGAUCCUCGUCGACCUCGCACAGCAGCAAGAUAAGGAGGUUGGCGAUGGUACAACGUCGGUUGUCAUAAUAGCAGCUGAGCUGUUGAGGCGGGCGAACGAGCUCAUGAAGAACAAGAUCCACCCCACUACCAUCAUCACAGGCUACAGGCUCGCGCUGAGGGAAGCGGUCAAGUACAUGAACGAGAACAUUAGCACAAAGGUGGACACGCUCGGUCGCGACUCUCUGAUCAACAUUGCGAAGACCUCUAUGUCCUCCAAGAUCAUCGGCUCGGACUCGGACUUCUUCGCCGACAUUGUAGUCGAUGCCAUGUCUUCUGUCAAGACCAUCAACAACAAGAACGAGACCAAGUACCCCGUCAAGGCUGUCAACAUUUUGAAGGCACACGGUCAAAGCGCUACACAGUCGGUCCUGGUCAAGGGCUACGCUCUGAACUGCACAGUGGCGUCGCAAGCUAUGAAGACCCGCAUCACCGACGCUAAGAUUGCCUGUCUGGACAUCAAUCUCCAGAAGGAGCGCAUGAAGUUGGGCGUGCACAUCACGAUCGACGACCCAGAGCAGCUUGAGAAGAUCCGUCAGCGAGAGGCUGGUAUUGUCGAGGAGCGCAUCGAAAUGAUCUUGAAGACCGGCGCCAAUGUCAUUCUCACAACCAAGGGUAUUGACGAUUUGUGCCUGAAGCACUUUAUCGAGAAGGGCGCAAUGGCAGUGCGAAGGUGCAAGAAGGAGGACCUGCGCAGGAUAGCAAAGGCCACCGGAGCGACGCUUGUCAGCACACUCUCAGAUCUGAAUGGUGACGAGAAGUUCGAGGCGUCGAGCUUGGGUUACGCGGAGGAGGUAGCGCAGGAACGCAUUUCAGACGACGAGUGCAUCCUUGUCAAGGGUACCAAGGCCUUCUCUUCCGCUUCGAUUAUUCUGCGAGGAGCCAACGACUACGCACUGGACGAGAUGGAGCGAUCGGUACACGACUCUCUGUGUGCCGUCAAGCGAACACUCGAGAGCGGACGUAUUGUCCCUGGUGGAGGUGCUGUUGAGACUGCUCUGCACAUCUACCUGGAAGAGUGGGCAACAUCAGUUGGCUCUCGUGAGCAGCUGGCUAUCGCAGCUUUCGCACAGGCUCUUCUCGCCAUCCCCAAGACCCUCGCCAUCAACGCCGCAAAGGAUGCUACUGAGCUCGUCGCCAACUUGCGAUCGAGACACGCACUUUCGCAACGAACCGUCAACCCUACCGAUCCCUCUUCGCAAGAUGCGAAACAGCUUGCCAAGUCGAAGAACUACAAGAACUACGGCCUGGAAUUGACAAACGGCAAGGUACACGAUUGCUUGAAGGCUGGUGUUCUCGAGCCCAGCAUGAGCAAGGUCAAGCAGUUGAAGUCUGCCGUUGAGGCUUGUGUUGCGAUCAUGCGUAUUGAUACAUUGAUCAAGCUCGACCCCGAGGAGCAGGGUGGUGGCGGUGAUGAUGGGCAUGGUCACUAG